ACAGCAUCCACAUCCUUCUGCAAACUCCCACAAGCUGAACCCCGAUGUCGAGCCAUGAGAUGCCACCCUGCCCUGCCCUUCCACUUCAUCAUUCGGGUUUGUCGAAAGUAAUCUCUCAAACCCGUGUUUCUUCAGCUGGCUUCGGCAUUGAUACGUGGCCUUCCACUAGUCAGUCCGGUGUGAUUCAGCUCCGAAAGACCUCAGGUACUAAAAGGCAUAUAUAAGUCUCUUCUCCCGCGUAUAUCUUUUCUUCUAUAAAACUGUUCCUCUCAAAAAACCUACUACUCCACCACAAUGGACAUUCUCCAUCGACUGGAAAAGGAGAUUCUGUCCGCCGACAAACUGGAAUCAGAUGGCGUCCCCUCUGCCUCCAUUGCCAUCCUCGACAACGGCCGAGUGUCUGCCCACGUCAUCAGCAAUGGGAAGGAAGAUAUCGACACCGUCUAUCAAGCCUGCAGCAUCUCAAAAGCCAUCGUCGGCCUCGCAGUGGCUAGACUUAUCGACCAAGGACGCAUCUCUUACGACACCAAAGUCGUCAACCAUCUAUCACAAUCCGCCAUCGACUGCCUGGUUGAUGUCAAGACCGCGCAUUUACUUCAACACGUCACAGUCGGCAUGCUCCUCUCUCACACCUCCGGUCUGUCGCAGGGCGGCUUCGAGGGCUACCCAAACCACCCACCAGAUGUAGAGACCGUACUCGCCGGCAAACAAGGCUCCAACACCCCUAAAAUCCACUUCCUCACGCUCCCCGGCGCCCAAUUCUCAUACUCCGGCGGCGGCUUCACUGUGCUCCAGCUCGUGCUCGAAAACGUCACAGGCCAAACGAUCCAGCAACUAAUGCAAGACCUGGUCCUCAAACCCCUCGACAUGACACGAAGCUGGUACGGCAACCUACCACCCAGCGAGCAAAACUACACCAGCGCCGGCGUAACCGGGUACACAAGAUGCGAGCCAAGCCACCACAACUUCAUCGAACUCGCCGCCGCAGGCCUCUGGACCACUCCCACAGAUAUGCUCAAAACCGUAGUCGCCGUGCAAGACUCCCUCUACACCUCCACCGGCUUCCUCACAACCGCCACAGCACAAGCCAUGCUGGCGCCUCUCAGCCUCGACACAGGCCUAUACAGCGGCACGAACGAGCUCGUCGCCGGUCGCUGCGUAGGAGGUUGGCAGGGAAACUCCAUGACCUUCGCGCACUCCGGUCAAAACUUCCCCGGCUACACCUCUCUCCUCCUCGGUUUCAUCCCCGGCGGCACCGGCUCAGGGAACGAGGAGAAUCAUGCAAUGCACCGAAGCGGCAUCGCAAUCAUGACCAACUCGCUCAUCGGGCACAACGUGUGCAUCAACCAGCUCGUCUCCGCGAUGUUCCACCUCAAGGGCUGGCCGCGGUAUAGGCAUCUCUCUGCUGGGUUCCGGGAGGAGAACUGGGUCCCGUACGCUGCUUCGGAGGCCACGGUCGUCGAUGCGGCGUGGAGAGAGUGGAAGGGGUCUUGGGGCCCGGCGUGGCGGAUCGUAGAGAGUGAGAAUGGCGGGCCGGCGGUUGGGUAUAAGGAUUUUCCGCCUAUGAGGUUGCGGUCUGCUGCUGUUGGCGCAGCUGCAGGAGACGACAAGAAGGAAUUGAUGUUUGUCGUGGAUGGAAUCGACGUUGGCGUGAGGUUCACUUGGCAGGGCGAGGAGAGGGUGGUGGAGGUGAUGCAAAAGGAGAUCCUGACGCUGAGGCGGAGUUAACGGAACACUAACAUAGACAAGGGGGA